CUCCGGCGGCCCCUUUUGUUGCCGGAGCGCCCAAGUUGGCGGCGGCGGCGGCGGGGAUGCGGCGGGAGCCGGGCCCCGGCUGAGCGGAGCCGGGCGGCGGAGGGGAGCGGCGCCAUGUCCCUCGGCGCGCCCACCAGCAGCGACGCCUGCCUGAGCAUCGUGCACAGCCUGAUGUGCCACCGGCAGGGCGGGGAGAACGAGACCUUCGCCAAGCGGGCCAUCGAGAGCCUCGUCAAGAAGCUCAAGGAGAAGAAGGACGAGCUCGACUCGCUCAUCGCCGCCAUCACCACCAACGGCGCCCACCCCAGCAAGUGCGUCACCAUCCAGCGCACCUUGGACGGGCGGCUCCAGCUGCCACUCAAACCCUAUUCUCCUCCGCCAUUGGCCGACGAGCCGUGGGGGCGGGCGCUUCCGGCGGCGGGCGCUUCCUCUUCCCGCCGGGCCCUCCCGUCCCUCUCCCGGUGA